AUGCCACGCCGCGGACAAGGCAGCGGGAAACGCGGCCCUGACUUGUCCUGGGAUGACGAGGAAGACAAUGCCUCGACACCGAUCUCAAAUAAACCUGAAGAACAAUUUCCGCCGAUCGAACUGCCUGUCCCUCGACCUGUCUCUGCCCCCGAAGCCUCCAUCGUCAAGCAUUAUCUGAGCUUCCGCUCUCGAGCGCGCGAUGGACCAUACUACUCCAUCCUCGACCCCAGCAGCGUCGUAGAUGAGAAGGGCAAAGUUUCCAAGCGCGCGGGCUUCGACCCAUUCAACGACCAAGACAAGUACACUGCAAAAUACCACCAGAAGAAACGAGCGGUUCCGGACCUGUGCGGCCGGGAAUACGCAUUGCGAUUCUUCCCCCACGAACUCUGGCCUCUCCUCGAUCCCGAUCGUAAAAACCCACUUUGGAAAUCCUCCGAAAUCGAUAUCGACAUCGCAACCAAUACGCCGCGCAAGAGUCUGAAACGAAGGCGCGAACUCGUAAUCGAUGAUGACGAGGACGAGGAUGACGAGGGCAAAGCCGCGAACUCAGACAACGACACUGAUGGCUCAGAUCCUCUGCUCUCGGGCUCCCGACGUUCCCGCAAUGGGGCGCGAGUAGCGAAAGCGAAGCGACGUCGCGAAGAAGCGUCUUCGAAAAGAAAGUCACGCGAAAAGCGCGGUUUAGACGCCGAAGACGCAUUUUCUGACAACGACGAAGAAGUGCGUCGGCGAACGCAUCCUAGGGACAGGAGGAAAAAGACAGCCAAUAAUGACUCGGAUGGCGAAGAUGAUGAUGACGAUGACGACGAGCAUUUCCACGGAGACCACGAUGAGCAGAACAAUGAUGACAAUGCGAGUGAAGAUGACGAUGACGGGUCUGGGGACGACGAUGAGCCCGUGGAUUCGGAGUUUGAGGAGUCCGAUGACGGCGAGGGCGAUGAUUACAACGCGGAGAAUUACUUUGAUACGGGCGAAGCAGAUGAUGACGACGGGUUUGCCUUUGGUCGUGGUGGAGGUGAUGAGGAGGGUGGGUACUUUUGA